AUACACGUCCUGUGGCGUCGUUUGUGUAUAAAUAGCGGAGAGAGAGCCACACUUGUCUCCAUUUAACACAGAGCUUACUCAGUGUUUGUGCCAAUAUAUCAUUAUUCAUUAGCAUAACAGCACUUUCACAGUUUCACUCACUGUUUAGUAGGGUUUUUCUUUAUCCCCUUUUUUUCUUUCUUCUUCUCUUCGCCACUUCCACGCUCCCAUUCCGUUUCGCAAAGGAGCAACAGAGAACGAUUCAGUUAUAGAGAGAGAAACUUGGCGAGGAGAGAGAUAGAGAGAACGAUCAUGGACGCUCCCGCGGUGCAUUUGGCCUUGGCAGCGCUCGUCGGAGCAUCCGUCGUCGCCGUGUCGGCGUACUAUAUGCACCGCAAGACUCUCGCGCAGCUGCUCGAGUUCGCGCGCACCGUCGAGAGGAAGAGGGAGAAGGAUGGCGGCGCCUCCGACGGUGAAUCGCCGCCGCCGCAUUUGAAGAAGCGCCGCGGCGGCUCGAGGAGAAGAGGCAACGGUGGGUACCGGCGCGGCUCGGCGUCUUUGCCGGACGUCACGGCGAUCUCCGGUGUGUUCGACGGGGAUGAGAAGCGGAACGGGCCGGUGCAUGUUGAAGGGAUUCCGGCAGGGUUGCCGCGGCUUCAUACGCUCCGUGAAGGAAAAUCUGCACAAUCUGGUUCCUUUAAGAGAAGUCUUUUAAAACCAACUUCUCCCAAGUCUCCAGUUGCAAGUGCUAGUGCCUUUGAGAGUGUAGAAGGAUCAGACGAUGAAGAUAAUCUGAUAGACAAAACUAAACUGGAUACUGCAUAUCUGCACACAAAUGGAAAUGUUGGGCCAGAAGGUAAAAAUCCAUAUGAGACUUUACCUAAUCAUGUUAAUGCUAAUGGAGAGCAGAUGGCGAUUGCUGCUUCAAGUAUGAUCCGUUCUCAUAGUGUUUCUGGUGACCUGCAUGGUGUGCAGCCUGACCCAAUAGCAGCUGACAUUUUGAGGAAAGGGCCAGAGCAAGAAACUUUUACAAGAUUGAAUAUUACUCCUAUUGAGGCUCCGUCACCGGAUGAAGUUGAUGCUUACAUAGUUCUUCAAGAAUGCCUCGAAAUGAGAAAAAGAUAUGUAUUUAGAGAAGCAGUUGCUCCAUGGGAAAAAGAAGUUAUAUCUGAUCCUAGUACUCCCAAACCUAACCCAGAGCCAUUCUUUUACAGCCCUGAAGGGAAGUCUGAUCAUUACUUUGAAAUGCAAGAUGGGGUUAUUCAUGUAUAUCCAGAUAGAGACUCCAAAGAAGAGCUUUUUCCUGUUGCUGAUGCAACUACCUUUUUCACUGAUCUUCAUCAGAUACUUCGAGUCAUAGCAGCGGGAAAUAUCAGAACUUUAUGCCAUCAUCGGCUUAAUCUUCUAGAACAAAAAUUCAAUCUUCAUUUGAUGCUGAAUGCGGAUAGAGAAUUUCUUGCUCAGAAAAGUGCACCACAUCGGGACUUCUAUAAUGUUAGAAAAGUUGAUACACAUGUCCACCAUUCAGCAUGCAUGAAUCAGAAGCACCUUUUAAGAUUCAUAAAGUCAAAGUUGAGGAAAGAGCCUGAUGAGGUUGUAAUAUUUCGAGAUGGGACAUAUCUGACCUUGAAAGAGGUUUUUGAGAGUUUGGAUUUAACCGGAUAUGAUCUCAAUGUUGACCUUUUGGAUGUACACGCAGACAAGAGUACAUUUCAUCGCUUUGACAAGUUCAAUCUUAAAUACAAUCCUUGUGGUCAAAGUAGGCUUAGGGAGAUAUUUCUGAAGCAGGAUAAUCUCAUUCAAGGACGUUUUCUUGGUGAGCUGACAAAGCAAGUGUUUUCUGAUCUUGCUGCCAGUAAAUAUCAGAUGGCUGAAUAUAGAAUAUCAAUAUAUGGUAGGAAGCAAAGUGAGUGGGACCAACUAGCAAGUUGGAUAGUGAAUAAUGAUUUGUACAGCGAGAAUGUUGUUUGGUUGAUUCAGCUUCCACGAUUGUACAAUGUAUACAAAGAAAUGGGAAUUGUGACAUCAUUCCAGAACAUGCUUGAUAAUAUUUUUAUUCCACUUUUUGAGGUUACUGUUGACCCCGAUUCACAUCCUCAGCUGCACGUUUUCUUGAAACAGGUUGUUGGGUUGGAUUUGGUGGAUGAUGAAAGCAAACCUGAAAGACGGCCAACAAAACACAUGCCCACACCUGCACAGUGGACUAAUGUAUUCAAUCCAGCGUAUUCAUACUAUGUGUAUUACUGUUAUGCAAAUCUUUACACAUUAAACAAGCUUCGUGAAUCAAAGGGAAUGACAACAAUCAAAUUCCGUCCGCACGCUGGAGAGGCUGGUGAUAUUGAUCACCUUGCUGCAACCUUUCUCACGGCUCACAACAUUGCACAUGGAAUCAAUUUGAGAAAAUCUCCUGUGCUUCAAUAUUUAUAUUAUUUAGCCCAGAUUGGGCUGGCAAUGUCUCCUUUGAGCAAUAACUCACUAUUCUUAGACUACCAUCGGAAUCCUUUUCCCAUGUUCUUCUUACGGGGCUUGAAUGUGUCACUUUCUACUGAUGAUCCACUCCAAAUUCACUUAACAAAGGAACCAUUGGUUGAAGAAUAUAGCAUAGCUGCAUCUGUGUGGAAGUUGAGCUCAUGUGAUUUAUGUGAGAUUGCUCGUAAUUCAGUUUAUCAAUCAGGUUUCUCACAUGCUUUAAAGUCACAUUGGAUUGGUAAGGGGUACUACAAGAGUGGGCCAAAUGGAAAUGACAUUCAGAGAACAAAUGUUCCGCACAUCCGGUUGGAAUUCCGGGAUACGAUUUGGAGAGAGGAGAUGCAACAAGUUUAUUUGGGCAAAGCCAUAAUUCCUGAUGUGGUCGAGAAAUAAUUUGGCCAGAGGCAUGUAUUUCAUACAUGAACAAAUGAAGGUAGAAGGUAAAUUCCUCAAAUCCAUCCUGCAUCAGAGAUAUAUACUAAGGCUGAAGACAUCAUAGCACUGGUUUGACGAUAUAAACCAGAUACAUAAUAUAGAUAAUCGGCAAGAUCAGAUCUUGAGCAUCGAAAGGUUUAUGGCUAGAAAUCAACAUAGCCCUGGGAAAAUGUUUUCUUGUAUUUUGGGCCUGGGUUAAAAUUAUUAGGGUUAGCAAUAAUUUCAUGCAUCAAGCAAAUGAUGAUGCGCGUUGAUGCUAGUAAUAUAAGAUAUGAUAUAUCCUUUGAAGGGAGAGGGAUUCUCCCUAAAUUUUGAUUCCCAUUGUUUAUCCAUAUAUAUAGUGCACUUCAGAGAUGACAGACGGGGUGCCAUAUUAGUUUUGCCGUUCAUAUUCUAAGUGCAUGUGUUUUGCGUUGAGGAAGCGUCUAAUGUGCGUAAACACUACGAAGAGCGGGUUCUCAGAAUUACACGUUGAGGUAUAGUGUGGAAAGUAUAUUGUCU